UAUAUAUGCUUGAAUAAUUUGCAUAUAGAAAAUAUUUAAGUUUGGUUAGCACGUGAAUAACAACUAUGGUUUCUACAAUAAUUCAAUUUUACUUAAAAUAAACAAAAUAGAGUUCAAAGAGCUCAGCGAGCUAACAACUGGGACAUUCAAACGCACGACUUCGGUGUGAUAAGAACGCAGUGUCAGCUGGGUUUACUUGCAUUAUCUAAUUUGGCAUAAAUUCGAUUGAAAAUAUUUUUUGUAAUUUAGUGUAAGAAAAGAAUUUGAAGUAAACGUUAGUCUAACAGUGCAUUAUUCAAUAACGUCUAAUAACAAAAAUGCCAACAACUUUUCAAAGUCUACAGUGCCCAGUUCAGAGUACUGGCACAAUAGAUUCGAUGGUAGCUAUCCUAGUGCAGGCAAUAUUAUCAGCGCAGUGUGCAAUAUCGCCCCUAGAGUAUUGGCCACCAGAUUAUGCUGAUAAAGCAUUGACGCAGGGCUUAAAUGAUUAUGAUUUUGUGGUGAUUGGUGCUGGUUCCGCAGGUUCAGUAAUGGCAAGUCGCCUUAGUGAAAAUCCCGAUUGGAAAGUGUUAGUGCUAGAAGCUGGUAAUAAUCCACCGCAAGAGUCAGAGCCCCCUAGUCUCAUGUUCAGCAUAGCUCACACAAAUUUUUCAUGGAACUACUUUACUGAGCCCAGUGACAAAGCAUGUCUGGCUUUUAAAAAUAACCAAUGUUAUUGGCCGCGUGGAAAAAUGGUUGGUGGUUCUAGUGGCAUGAAUGCUAUGUUGUAUGUGCGUGGUAAUAAACAGGAUUUCGACAGUUGGCUGGAAGAUGGUAAUGUUGGUUGGGGAUGGUCUGAUGUACUGCCAUAUUUCGAGAAAUCUGUGCGACCAGUUGGUAAUGAUACACAUCCACAAGGUUAUGUUACAGUAAAUGAGUUCGGUGCAUUUGAUGAAGAUAUCAAGCAAGUUAUACAAAAUGCAGCAGCUGAAAUUGGUUUGCCAACAGAGCGAGAAGUAAAUGAAAAUAGUGAAGUUAGUUAUACAAGAUUAUAUGGAACUGUGAAAAAUGGACAUCGUAUGAGCACAGGCAAAGCUCAUUUGGGAAAAGUUUCAGGCCGUCCAAAUUUGCAUGUAAUCAAAAAUGCACACGUUUCAAAAUUGAAUUUUGAUAAAAGUGGUAGAAAUGUGGAGUCUGUAUCAUUUUUAUUGCGUGGAACAAAUGAAUUAACAGUGAGUGCUAAAAAGGAAUUUAUACUUUCAGCUGGUGCUAUUAACUCACCUAAGGUUUUAAUGCUAUCUGGUGUGGGCCCAAGUCAAGAUUUGCAACGCCUACAAAUACCAGUCAUACAUGAUUUACCUGUUGGUCACAAUCUUCAAGAUCAUGUGAUUGUGCCCGUUGUUUUCCAAAUUCAAGAAAACACAGCAGUGCCUUUAUCUGGACAAGACCAAUUGGAUAAUAUUUACAAUUAUUUAAUACAUUCUAAUGGAUAUUUGAGUAGCCAUGGUUUAAUAUCAUUGACAGGUUUUAUAAAUACUGAUCCAAAUGACUUCAGUCCUUAUCCAGAUAUUGAAACUCAUAACCUUCUAACAAGACGAGAGAAUCAUGAAUCUUUGCAAUUAACAUUGGACUCGUUAGUAUUCAAAGAUGACAUAGCAAAUUAUUUACAACAAGUGGUAAAUACAUCACAUUUACUAAUGAUUUUUACCUCACUUUCUCAUCCAAAAUCUAUUGGACAAAUAAAAUUGAGUAGUGCAAAUUUUCAAGAUGAUCCAAAACUUUAUGCAAACUAUUUGACACAUGAGGAUGAUAUACAAACAUUGAUACGUGCUAUGCAUCAUCAUAUGGAUAUGGAAUCAACAAAAUCUUUUGUAAGCAAUAAUGCGCAUAUUUUGCAUAUUCCCAUCGAAGAAUGCGAUAAAUACGAAUUCAAAACAGAUGAUUAUUGGCGUUGUUAUAUUAAAUACUUCAGCACAACUCUUUACCAUCAAACAGGCACUGUGAAAAUGGGAGCUGACGAGGAUCCAAGUGCGUGUGUUAGUACACGUUUGCGUUUACGUGGAGUUGAUAAUUUGCGUGUGGUAGAUGCUUCUAUAAUGCCAAGAGAACCCAGUGCAAACACUAAUGCACCUACUAUUAUGAUUGGGGAACGAGGUGCUGAUUUUAUUAAGCAGGAUUGGUCUGGUGUAUGUGAAGCUUAAGACGACUAUACGGCAAUGUUAUAUGGACAAAUCUACAGGAAACAUAAAUAUCUUUAAGGAAUAUUCCAAUUUUUACGAAAAGUUUAUAUAUUUUCAAUUCUAAGAAAUGCAAUUGAAUGAAUUUAGGAAGAAAUAUAUAAAUUUCAGUAAAAAAUAUCAUUAUAUAUACGUACAAAUAAUAUCAUCAACAUAUACAUAUCAUAUGAUGUUAUAAUAUUUACAUGCAAAGUAGAUUCGGAAAACAAGGGUUACAUGUGUGAGUAAUUAAAUUUAUGUUGUAAUACAUUA